AUGUCUCUUGUAAAGAGCCAAAAUUUGGGACUGUUAAAAUGCCCGGUUAUUCCUAAUGAAAGCUCUUAUGAAAUUGUAUCGGAAGGACCCAUAUCUAUUUGGUAUUAUGGGAAAAGAGAGAAGAAAACUGAUUAUUAUGCAUUUCAGGUAAUUCGUGAAAUGGUACCAAUUUCGUUUAUUACAUUUCACCAUCAGACAACAAUUAUCGCACAAUCUUCCCUACCCAUUUAUAUUCCUUGCAAUAUAAACAUUAUUGUUGAUGGUAAAAAGGUGAAAUUAUAUCUUGGUAAAGGUUGUCAAAUAACGAAUAAAGAUAAGCGUAAAAGAUCUAUGGCAAUUUCGAAUGAACAAUUCGAAAUUCCCAAAUUAAACAUUAUUGUCAUCCAUUGUGCCAAUGUGAAACAACAAUUUCAUGAUGUCAUACAGGUAGUUAUCACAGAUGAAAUGAUCGCUUACUGUGGUGGUAAAAAUCACAUCCUAUUAAAUGCUCAUGAUACACGAAUUACCGUUCUACAAUAA